AUGUCGCGCCUCACCGCCGACACGGUAGCGACUGCGCUACACUACCUCAACCCAUGCGGGCUUCUUGAGCUUGACCUCCGGGAAAACAAUCUGGCGGCCAUUGAGAACCUUGGCGCCACACGGGACGGGUAUGAGGCCAUUGACCUCUCAGGCAACCAUAUUCGGGUCCUGGGUGGUUUUCCAAGGCUGCGCAAGCUGAGCAUGCUGCUGCUGGCAAGCAACCGCAUUGGCUCGGUCGACUCGGGCCUUGGCGCUGCCCUCCCGGCUCUCCGCUCGCUGGUCCUCUCCCACAAUGUCAUCGGCUCGCUCGACGCCCUCAACCCGCUGGCAGAGCUGGCGGCCUCGCUGCGUCGCAUCUCCCUGGUGGGUAACCCGGUGGCCCGCAACCCCAAGAUGCGGCUGUACCUGCUGCAUCUUUGCCCGCGGCUGCAGGUCAUCGACUUUGUCAAGGUUAAGCGCGCCGAGCGUCUGGCUGCCAUCGACGAGUUUGGCAAGCCCGGCGAGGCUGCGGCGCACAAGACAUUCGACCCGCUCGCGGCCUUGCCGUCGUCAGCGGGUGCCGCCGCUCCCAGCAAGGAUGCGACGUCGGCCAUGUCCUCUGAUGAACGGGCCGCCAUCGCCGCCAUCCUUGCCAACGUCGACUCGCUCGACGAGAUCAACCGCAUCAAGAUCCUGGCUCAGACGCCUAACGGCCGUGCCUCGCUCCUCGACGGCUCGUACGCCGCCGCUGCCUCGCAACAUCCGCCUUCUACCGAGUCUACUGCUGCCACCGCCGGUGAUGUCGAAGACAUGGAUGAUCUGGACUGAGCGAGCUCGUCUGGCCCCGAUCACGGGCCUCAUCCUCGGAAGCCAAGCUGACCGCUAUCCGCAGAGUUUGGCAGCGAGGAGUUGUUGGAGAGGAGAACGAGAGCAAUGGCGCCGGACGCUUCGAUGCGAGGCGCGGAGGAUACCUUGAACUGCCGCUCGCUCGCCGGCAGUGGAAGGCAUGGAAAUGAAUGGAAGAACUGUG